AUGAUGUUCUCGGCGGCAUUCACAAUCGGAACAACGCUCACUGUUGCCACCUACUACGCUAUGCGUGACAAGAGAGUUUUAGCCCAUUUACAAGCAGAAAUAGCAGAGGUAUGGCCAAGUACUAGGCAGGAAUGCCCUUCUUGGUCUGUCUUAGAAAAGCUACCGUACCUUAGUGCUGUGAUAAAAGAAACAUUUCGCAUGACUGGAGGUGUUUUAUCAGAUAUUCCUCGUAUCACGCCUCUCGAUGGAAUGACAAUAGGCGGGUGUUACCUUCCGCAAGGGACAACGGUAUCGAGCAGUAACUAUUUUCCUAACCAUGACCGAGAAACCUUCGAUAAUCCGGACUCGUUCUACCCGGAGAGAUGGACCAGAGGUGACAAAAAAAUGCAAAAGUGGGAGCUAGCUUUUUCAGUCGGACCACGGCAAUGCCCUGCAAUCAGUCACACAAUGGCUCCUUUAUACAUAUGCCUUGCUCACAUUAUUCGACUGUUCGAGUUGGACUAUCCUGAUAAAGGUCAUCUUCAAUACAAGGAUUACUUUGUCCCACUAAUUAGCGGGCCUCACCUACAAGCCCGGAUUAGAACGAGGUUAUGA